GUUUCUGAAACAAAAGGGUUUAUUCUCCUAUUGGUAGCCUGAUAACAGGGCAGUUUACACCCUUCUCGCCUACCUCACUGGAAGAUGAAGACUGGAACAGAGAUGUGUUAAACAUAGGGCUGGGCGGUAGGCAUAUGUCCUAAAUUCAGUAUAAUUGUGUAGCACGGACGGUUGGCUAGGCUAUAAAUAUCAGGACAUACGAGUUUUUCUCAAAAUUUCAGUCCAUUUAUUUCAUUACAUUCAAUUCGCACUCGCCAUUAUCUGCCGCACCCCGUCGGUUUUGGGUGGAGAAGGCUAGGGCACGCAAUGGCAGGUUUGUCGCCUCAUGUUUUGCUGAUUACUGUGAAACUUAAGUACCCUGAAAGCUAAAUAUCUAUUAGCCUACUUGUUUGGCCAAUUUGAUUGUGUAAAAAGUUUCAGAUGCCAUACGUUUUCCUCUAUCUUGUAAUAAAAGUGGUUGAAAAAUGAAGUUGUACGGACGGAGAAGAUUAUUGUAAAAAUUGCCGUUUGAAAUCUUGAUAAAGGAUGAUUUCCUUAAAUAAUCACACAUUCAUUUAUGUAAUUAGAAUAGCCAUUCUGUUAAAUGUGGUCUAAACGUUUCAAGUGUACGAUGUAAUAAGAAAAUGUAUGAAAACAUAAAUAUGCAUGCAUUGUAGCCUUUUUACCGUGCUGGUGCUAUCUGGUGUUUCACAUGUGCAACUGCAUCUCGAGUGUUUGUAUCGUUGACUUUUUACAGUCGUUGGUUUGUAUCCACGGUUACGUGAGCUCUGAAUCCAUGUAGCCUAGUUUGUCAUACGUGAAGUUUUCCUACUAUACGCUUUCACAUUCAUUUUGAGACCCAAUGUAUUUAAAGAUAAAAGCUCUGUUGCACUGUUUUUAACAGCAAUAAGAUCUCCUACUGGCCAAUCAUACUUGAUCAUGGGCAGAGACUAGACAGAAGAGACUCAACCAGAGAGACGACAGAGACUCAACCUGAGAGACUACAGAGAGAGACUCAACCAGAGAGAAGCAAACUUCCAGACACUAGAUACAGGAUCCAGAGAGACCAGACAGAGAACAAAGAGAGAGCUGAGUUAUGGAGACACAUAACUGUGAUACAUGUGGAAAGAGCCUUUCCUCAUCCAGUAAUCUUAGGAAGCACAUGAGGAUCCACACUGGAGAGAAGCCCUACAGCUGUGAUCUCUGUGGUAAAACAUUUAGCCAGGCUACCAGUUUGACAGCUCACUGCAUGAUCCACACUGGAGAAAAGCCCUACAGCUGUGACCUCUGUGGUAAAACUUUUAGACGGAAUGGGAAAUUAACAGUUCACCGCAGAAUCCACACUGGAGAGACGCCCGACAGCUGUGACCUCUGUGGUAAAACCUUUAGCCACACUAGCCAUCUCAGAGCUCACCGCAGAAUCCACUCUGGAGAGAAGCCCUACAGCUGUGACCUCUGUGGUAAAACCUUUAGCCAGAUUGGCGGUUUCAGAGCUCAUAGCAGAAUUCACACUGGAGAGAAGCCCUACAGCUGUGACCUCUGUGAUAAAACCUUUAGACUGACUGGGGAAUUGACAGUUCAUCGCAGAAUCCACACUGGAGAGAAGCCCUACAGCUGUGACCUCUGUGGUAAAAACUUUAGCCAGAUUGGCCAUUUCAGAGCUCAUAGCAGGAUCCACACUGGAGAGAAGCCCUACAGUUGUGACCUCUGUGAUAAAACCUUUAGACAGACUGGGGAACUGACAGUUCAUCGCAGAAUCCACACUGGAGAGAAGCCCUACAGCUGUGACCUCUGUGAUAAAACCUUUAGCCAGACUUCCACUUUGAGAAAUCAUCUCAGGAUUCACACUGGAGUGAAGCCCUACAAUUGCAACCUCUGUGAUAAAACCUUUAGCUGCGCUAGCAGUUACAGAAAUCACUGCAUAAUCCACACAGGAGAGAAGCCCUACAGCUGUGACCUCUGUGGUAAAACCUUUAAACGGGCUGGGGAAUUGACAGUUCACCACAGAAUACACACUGGAGAGAGGCCCUACAGCUGCGACCUCUGUGAUAAAACCUUUAGACAGAUUGGGGAAUUGACAAUUCACCGCAGAAUCCACACUGGAGAGAAGCCCUACAGCUGUGACACCUGUGGUAAAACCUUUAGCAGUGGUAGAAGUUUCACAGUUCACUGCAUGAUCCACACUGGAGAAAAGCCCUACAGCUGUGACCUCUGUGGUAAAAACUUUAAACGGGCUGCAGAAUUGACGGUUCACCAGAGAAUCCACACUGGAGAGAAGCCCUACAGCUGUGACCUCUGUGGUAAAACCUUUAGCCAGGCUGGCCAUUUCACUGUUCACCGCAGAAUCCACACUGGAGAGAAACCCUACAGCUGUGACCUCUGUGACUAUUCAGGUAAAACAAAUUGUCAUCUGAAGAGUCACCUGCGUGUCCACAGUAGAAAACCCCCAAAGCAUAUGGAGACACAUCACUGUGAUACAUGCGGGAAGAACCUUUCCUCAUCCGGUAACCUCAAGAGGCACAUGAAGAUCCACACUGGAAAGAAGCCCUACAGCUGUGACCUCUGUGGUAAAACCUUUAGCCAGGCUAGCAGUUUCAGAUAUCACUGCAGGAUCCACACUGGAGAGAAGCCCUACAGCUGUGACCUCUGUGGUAAAACCUUUAGCCAGGCUGGCCAUUUCAGAUCUCACCGCAGAAUCCACACUGGAGAGAAGCCCUACAGCUGUGACCUUUGUGGUAAAACCUUUAGCCAGGCUAGCCAUUUCAGAGCUCACUGCAAAAUCCACACUGGAGAGAAGCCCUACAGCUGUGACCUCUGUGGUAAAACCUUUAGCCAGGCUAACAAUUUUAGAGCUCAUAGCAGGAUCCACACUGGAAAGAAGCCCUACAGCUGUGACCUCUGUGGUAAAACCUUUAGCACGGCUAACAAUUACACAGAUCACCGCAGAAUCCACACUGGAGAGAAGCCCUACAGCUGUGACCUCUGUGAUAAAACCUUUACCCAUGCCAACAGUUUCAAAAUUCACCGCAGAAUCCACACUGGAGAGAAGCCCUACAACUGUGACAUCUGUGGUAAAACCCUUAGCAGUGGUAGCAGUUUCAAAGUUCACAGCAGAAUCCAUACUGGAGAGAAGCCCUACAGCUGUGACCUCUGUGGUAAAACCUUUAGCCAGGCUCACCAUUUCAGACGUCACUGCAAGAUCCACACUGGGGAGAAACCCUACAGCUGUGACACCUGUGGUAAAACCUUUAGCCAUGCUCACCAUUUCAGAAUUCACUUAGAAAAACCCCAAAGCAGUGAUGUCCGGGGCCAAGCUGUCCCAGUAGUCACCACCUGA